GUAACCCAGGAGGAAUGUGGCCGGUAGCCACUUCGCUGCGCUUAUCCGUUUUUUGUGGGUUCUUUUGCUUAUAAAAACUUUCUUUUAAGCAAAAAAAGAAAAGAAAAAGAAACUUCAUUAUAGCUUAUUUUUAUUUAGAAACAUCGCACAAAACGCAGACCAUUAUUAAUCUUCAGACUUAUAAAUACCUGCCUUUUACCAAAGUCACCUCCAACCCAUAUCCACUUCUAAUUUCCAACCAAGACGUACGGACACACACAGAGACCAAAUUAAAGCAAUCCCAACCUGCCUUCCAGUGAUUACCAUGAAUAUGCCUCCUCAACUUUUAGUAUCCUCAUUCCUUUUCAUUCUUCCAUUGCUCUUCCUCUUCGUCUUCACCAAGAAAAAGAACAAGUCAUCUCCCGAUUCAACCAAACAACAGCUCCCAAAGUCAUACCCAUUAGUCGGUCAUUACUUCUCCAUCUCACCCAACCAGCACCGCCGCAACCAAUACACCACCGAGGUUCUCCAGAUCUCUCCGGCCGCCACCUUCGUCUUCCGCCUAUUAUUCGGCGCCCGCCGGAUCAUAACGGCCAACCCCUCCGUGGUCCAGCAUAUUCUCAAGACCAACUUCUCCAUCUACCAAAAGGGCGAUUCCUUUAGAAUUCCCCUAACCGACUUCCUCGGCGAAGGCAUCUUCAACGCCGACGGCGACAACUGGAAGUUUCAGAGACAGGUCGCCAGCCACGAAUUCAACACGAAAUCGCUCCGGAAAUUCGUCGAGACGGUUGUGGAAACCGAGCUCUCCGAUCGUCUGCUUCCGAUUCUUUCGGAAGCCGCGUCUGAUAAUUCCGUCCUCGAUUUCCAAGACAUACUACAGCGGUUCGCUUUCGAUAACAUUUGCAAGCUCGCUUUCGGAUUCGACCCCGCUUACUUAUCACCAUCUCUUCCGGAUGCGAAAUUCGCUCUGGCUUUCGACGAUGCCGUUUCGAUUAGCAGCCAAAGGAGUUCAUCCUUCGUCCCAUGGGUUUGGAAAAUCAAGAAGAUUUUCGGCAUCGGAUCGGAAAAGCAGCUUGCUCAAUCGAUUUCGGAAGUCCGAGAUUUCGCCACCCACAUUGUCCGAGAAAAGAAAAAGGAACUCGCCGAGAAAAGCUCUGUCGAUUCCGUCGAUCUGCUGUCUCGGUUCUUGAGCUCUGGCCUUUCCGACGAGAAAUUCGUCAUGGACAUAGUCAUCAGCUUCAUACUGGCAGGGAAGGACACAACCUCGGCGGCUCUCACGUGGUUUUUCUGGCUCGUGGCUGUCAAUCCACAUGUAGAGAAGCAAAUUCUGAAAGAAAUCAACGACCAGUCAGAGACUUCAGUUUACAGCGAAGUGAAAGAAAUGGUAUACACUCAGGCCGCAUUGUGCGAGAGCAUGCGGCUCUAUCCUCCGGUUCCUGCGGAUACUAAAGAGGCGGUGGGGGAUGACGUAUUGCCAGAUGGAACGGUGGUGAAGAAGGGAGACAAGGUGACGUACCAUCCGUACGCAAUGGGGAGGAUGGAGAAUAUAUGGGGAAAAGAUUGGGCGGAGUACAGACCCGAACGGUGGCUGGAAUGGAACGAGGAGAGUAAGAAGUGGAGCUUAGUGAUGAGGGACUCCUACAGUUACCCUGUGUUCCAGGCAGGGCCAAGGAUAUGUUUGGGAAAAGAAAUGGCAUUCUUGCAGAUGAAAAGGGUGGUAGCCGGGGUUCUGCGCCGGUUCCGGGUCGUGCCGGCGAUGGCGGAAGGGACUGAGCCAGUGUUCAUUUCUCACUUGACUUCCAAAAUGAAAGGUGGGUUUCCGGUGACGUUUGUGGAAAGGGGUGGAACAGAGUAAUGCAAAGAAGAACAAGUUUGUGGCAAGAAGGUUGAAAGGAGAGUAUCUUUGGCUGUUAAAGUUAAUAUUAUGUUUUGUUUAUUUGGUUAGGCGUUGGAAUUUAAGAUAAUUUUUUGAGGUUUUGUUUUAAGUAGGAUAUAUUAUAUAUGUUGUUAGAUAUAUAUAUAU